UGUCAGAGUCGUUAUCCACGUUUCAACAACAACGUUUCAUUCUUCAAGUCUUUAUCCUUCAGACUAGUCUCCAUCCUCUGGACUUUACUUAAACUUCAUCUUCUAGACUUCAGAGCAAGUGCAAUAUGCAUAUCUCCACUAUUUGCCUACUGACUAUUUUUCUCCAUAGCAUUGCAUCAGGAGCAAUACCGGAAUCUAAAUCAUGGAACGAAUUUGAAGCCAUGAUGAAAGGUGGUGGCACAUAUUGCUUAAUUGUAGUUUAUAAUUACAACAUGGACGAAAACUUGAAAGCUAUUGAGCCAGUUUGCGAAAACUACCCAUCUGUCAAAUGCUACUAUGGAAUUCAAGGUGCGAGCAAAAGCAAUCAGCCACAUACUUCUUUCGAUAAUCAUUUCAAGAACCCGGCAACACCUGCCUUUUUUUUCUUCAAAAAUGGUCAACAGGUAAAAGUCAUUGCACACUCGUCUACGGGCAUAUCUAUGGUAGACGUUGAUGCGGCAUUCAAAUCCUUGUAAACGUGUGAAACGGGCUACAAUGUUUCAUUGGAAACAAAAUAUUAUUAUUCAAAUAUCCAAUGUGGAAAUUGUUUGUUUGUUUGUGAUGCUCUAUAUUUCUUCUGGAAUCUUUCUUCCAUGAAUAUAGAGUAGAGCUAUCUUUCACCUAUUGUGUUAAUCAUCUAUAAAUUAUUUUCAUUUAUUGCAAUAAUAGCUUUUAUAUUCUAUUGCUGGAGCUACAGAAACUGCUGGUUUCUAUCGUGCUAUAAUGGUUUCUAUCAUAUCAUAAUACUAGCGGGUAACCCGUGCUCUGCGGGGUUUUAAAACUUGACAAAAUGAAAACUUGACCGAGUGGAAUCUUGAAGCGUUUGUAGUAUGCCUAGAACUAUCCUCGGCUAAUUAAGAGAAUUUCAUACUUUUCAAAUAUAUUUCUGAGAACAGCCCCCU